GUCGAAAGGAGGCUAAUGGGGACUGAAUUGGAAAGGCAGAGCUCAUGGUUGCGGUCUGGUUCCGCUCAGUUUAUAUCCAUCCGCACGUUAUCAUGAACAUUGCUGGGAGUAUUAUAGUCCAUCAAACCCUGUGUUGGCACUCCAAGCAACUAUAGGCACAUGAUCACCCUCGAUAGUUCUGAUCCCACACGACAAUACCUCAUUAUAUCUAACAUAGGGAUCGAAUUAUCCCAGAAGACCUCGUCCAAUGGCAGGAAAUAACCUCCCGCAGGACGAACAGACAGUGACUAUUCUGCUCCUCGGAGACCCGGGAUGUGGUAAAACAACAUUUCUAUCGAGCUUGAAGUCCAAUCUUCGUAGACACCAAGGACAGACACCUAGUCAAGGGAAUAUUGAGGAAGCCCUUCUACGGGACAGUGACCAGCCAUUUAUCUACGAAAUCCGCUUCUCAAAGAAGUCAUUUAAACUUGAAGUAUAUGACACCGCAAGUCCCAACCAACAUUGGUCUACCUUGCAGCCUGAUGUUAUACUUCUGGCAUUUGAUAUCUCGAAUAGAGAUACCUUGAAUAAUCUUCGCAAUUGGCGAAAUGAUAUCACCAGGUACUUCCAAAACGGAUAUGGUGAACGCAUACCCAUUAUGUUGAUAGGGUUGAAGAGAGAUCUUAGAGUGGAAUGUGAGGGGAUUAUAUAUCCUCAAGAGUCGUAUCGGAUUGCGCAGGAGCUUCGAUGUGAUCGGUAUGCGGAGUGCUCUGCUGUCACUGGGGAACUCUUACGAGAGACGUUUGAAGAUAUUGCGCGACUUGCUGGAAUGACGACUACGGCGGCUGGAGGCCAAACUGCCGGCGCUUGUGUUAUUCUUUAGUAUAUUUGAUACCCUUAUUGAUACGGUGGAUCCAUAUGGUAUAGAUAUGUGAUAGGUUUAGUCCAAUUAGUUGGCUUAGAAGAAUGGCACUUAAUGCCUAACCGUUCCUAUCGUCUUGGGUGAUACGUGAUGAGAUUGGCACCACAGGCAUCAGCAUGGGCUUCUACGCUUUCUUUCUGACCUACGCCUACUGUUG